CAAAGCCGGGGGUAUACAACUAGUUCAAUAUUAAACGGGUUAACUAAAAUACGACCUGGAACAUGACCCGAAUUGAGCCCAAACCCGUUUGAUUCCGAUCCUUCCCUCACUCUGUUCCCUUUUUCAUAGCUUCCUACCCAGCCUCUGUUUCAAUUUUCACUACGCCCAAUCCAUCUCAGUUUUCUCAGAAGAAGAAGAAGAAGAAAAAUGGUGUUGUUUGGGCUUAGAACGAAGCAAGCACAACUAAGGGCUUUAUCGAAACAGUUUACAAGAUGCUAUUUUCAGAUAUAUAGGUCUUCUUCGGUUAUUCGCGAAGGUAAAAUUGGUGUUUUGAAUGGUCAAAGUUUGAAUUUUUACAACCCCCGUGUGGAGCUUGAUUACAAUGUGCGAUUUUAUGCGGCACCGGCGGUUCAGGUUAAGCCGAAGUAUGACGACAAGGAUAAGCGUCCACGAAUGAAUGAGGAAAUAUCUGCUCAGUAUGUAAGACUCGUGACCGAUGAAGGGCAUGGUGUAGUGUCAAAGCAUGAAGCAUUGCAGCGUGCAAAGAGACUCGACGUUGAUUUAGUUGAGGUUCAAGGAGAUGCUAAUCCACCUGUUUGCAAGCUCAUGGAUUAUAACAAAGAAAUGUAUGCAAAGCAAGUAAGGGAAAAAGAACAAACAAAAAAGAAGUCUAACUUGGUUUUACGUAAAGGAGGUCUGAAAGAAGUUCGAAUUACUUACAAAAUCGAUAAGCAUGAUUUGCAAACAAAAGCAGAUACCGUUAAGCGUUUAGCUGAUCGUGGUUACCGGGUCAAGUGCAUGUCAGUAAUGGUAGCGGGUGUUCAAGUUGAAGAUCAGGACUUGGGAGGACUGCUAUCACGUCUCUUUGCUCUGAUUGAAGAAUUUUCUAUUGUGGAGAGUGGGCCUAAAGUAGAGGCAAAACAAGCAUACGUUGUUGUCCGGCAUGUGAAAUUUGGGCCAUUGAAGAAGGGACCGGGCAAAAAGAUGCUUCUAGAACCGUCAAAUAGUAAUAUCUCAGCACAAAGCCCUGAACCAGAUCAAAGCUUGGAUGAAUCUGAUUCUGCAACCAAGGAGGAUACUGGUCCUGUAGGUACAGUUGAAUCAGAUUCGGCUGAUGAUAUUGACCAUGAACGAAUGGUGAAGUUUGCACCAAAAACAACAAAUAGGUAUGCUGCUAAACAAUCAAAUGUUACGGUUCCUGGACCACAAAACAGGUAUGCAGCCACGGGGACAACUUUCGCUCAUCUUGUGAGAAGAAAUGAACCUGAAAGUCCAAGUCAAACCCGUGUUAGCAAUCAGGAAUCCGAUUUAAACAGACGGGGGCCAGGGGUAGCAGCAUUAAGUUACGGGAUGUUUGGUGCACCAAAACCGAAUAAUGAUUCUCAAAGAGGAGGUGGCCCCCAGCAAUUAAAUAGGUACAAGAAAGGACCGAGCCCUCAACAACCACCUAUGGAUUCUAGGGGUGGACGGGGAGAUUUUAGUAGAGAAAAUUCGAAUAUGGACCCUAAUGGGAUUAGGGACAGAAAAGCUGGUGCUGGUUUCCGACGAUAAGUACACAAUUUUGUACAAUGAACUUUGCAGUUCGAUGUUCUACGCAAUGUAGCACUUGUAGGGGGCAACUAAACUUAUUGUUGUAGUAUCCAUUGCUAUACACUAUGCAGUGCUUUGGUAGCCCAUUAAACUAUUAAAGCAGCAAUGGAAUGAUUUUUUGUUUUGAUCUUUA